AUGGAUGAUAAGCGUGAUAUAUUAUCAACUGAAAUUAAUGCUAUAUCAUCAAUGUUAAAUGACAGAAUUGGAAUAAGCAAAUAUCAACGAUGCAAUGCUAUAAAUCAACAAAAUCCUGAUUUACCUGGACCAAGUAUUGAACGAAAGAUGAGAUUUUUCUCGACAAAUAAAGCAAAGAAAAUGGAACAAAAUGAAAGACGACUUAAAUUUAUCAGUGCAUAUGGUAGCCUAACGAUACGAAGUUUUGAAACAGGCGAAUUAUCUGAUGUAGAAGUUACGAUGAAACCAUUUAAAGAUCGUUCACGUUCAAUGUCACCGUUGAAACAAAUGAAAACAUAUUCAUUUCGUUCGAUGCCAUCAGAAGAAGGCAUUAUUUCGGAAAUUCAACAAGAAUUAAUACGACAAUCAUGGCAUACGAUAACUACAAAAUUAGAAUCAUCUACCAAGCAAGAAUUUGGAUUCUACGUUUAUCAACGAGUUUUCAAGCAAUAUCCAUCAAUGAAACGUGUCUUUCAUGUAGAAGAAUAUGAUUCACUUGAUUCAGUUCCGGAAAAUCAUUCCGUUUUUCGUCAAACACGAUUAUUCACUAAUUUAAUAUCGCUUACGGUACGUCACUUGGAUGAGCUUGAAACAGAAAUUGCUCCAGCAUUUUUCCGCUAUGGACAACGACAUUACACAUUAGCAAGGGAAUAUUUUAACGAAGAAUCACUGCGCUUGUUUUGUAGCCAAGUGGUAUGUACGGUAGCGGAUCAUUCAGGAGCUGACAUUAAUCCGGCUUGUAUAGAAGCAUGGAUUGAACUAAUGCGUUAUAUUGGAUGUAAGCUAUUGGACGGUUUCAAUUAUAUGCGACUAACGACCACUAAAAAACUUUGCAUAAAUACUAGCGAUCAUUUUUUUUAUGUCCUGUAA